AUGAUUAAACUGGCACGAGAAAUGUUUGAUGUAAUGGAGGAAGACGAGAAAAGUAAGGGAGGGAUAGGGGACUCGGCUUUCGGGGAUAUGUUAACAGAGUCAUAUUCAGACAUCAAAAAGACAUGUCCUUCUCCAGUAUCCCCAACUUCAGCCCCCCCUGAGCUGAUAAAGCUCCGUGAAUAUGCCAAUGUUUCCAACUCUGAACCUCUUCUUCUGCCUCUCAGACUUCAGGCCGUGGAAAAGUGCCUGUCAUUCCACAUUCUCCCUCACGUAUCAGCUCAGGGUCCUUGUGCCUCAAAUAAGAAGAGAAGGGCAGUUGACGAGCCAAAUGAAGAAAUUCAGGAAAGAAAGAGUAUCAAAGAAUCACCAAGUAUAGCAACCAGUGGAGAGCCAAUAGAUUCCAAACCUCUAAAAUGCAUGCCAAAAAGUUCAAAUUCUAAGACAAAUGUUUCACAACAAACAAGGAAGCCAGCUACAGCUGCAGCAUCACCGCCGUUGCCACCACCCCCACCACCAUCCAAUCAACCUCCACCUGCAGUAGCAGCACCACUAUUGUUGUCAAACUCGGCCUCAGAUGUAGUAGCACCUCCACCAUCUAUUGUGCAUUCAAAGGGUUCAGUGUUAUUGCCACCCCCACCUACAAUGCCAGACAACGGAGCUGCUCAACCACCUCUACCACCCAUUGUGCAGUCACCUCAACCAGCACCACCAACAAAUGGAGCUGCUCCACCCCCUCCACCUGCACCACCAGCAAAUGGAGCUGCUCCACCCCCUCCACCACUCAUUCCACAUUCAAAACAAUCAACGCCGUUGCAGCCACCAGCUAUACCACUGGCAAAGGGAGCUGCUCCACCACCUCCUCCACCCCUUGGAGCGGGAAAGUCCCUGCGUCCAAAGAAAGCAGGUACGAAAUUGAAGAGAUCAACGCAUAUGGGAAACAUGUACCGAGUUCUCAAGAGAAAAGUGGAAGGUUCUAAUUUGAAUGUUAACAAAUCUAAGGGGAAGGGAACUCAGGUUGGGGCAUCUGCUGGUGGGAAGCAGGGUAUGGCUGAUGCCCUAGCUGAGAUGGCAAAAAGAUCAACAUAUUUCCAACAAAUUGAAGAAGAUGUUGAAAAGCACGCAAAAUCAAUCAUGGAAAUAAAAAGUGCGAUUAGUUCCUUCCAAACAAAGGAUAUGGCCGAGCUUCUAAAAUUUCACAAAUAUGUGGAACAGCAUCUAGAGGAAUUGACAGAUGAGACCCAGGUGUUGUCAAGGUUUGAAGGUUUUCCAUCAAAGAAGUUGGAAUCAUUGAGGACAGCUGCAGCUCUUUCCAAAAAAUUGGAAGGGAUACAUAGUAACCUGGAAAAUUGGAAGGUAGAGCCUCCUCUGAGCCAGCUCCUCGACAAGGUGGAGUGCUACUUCAACAAGAUCAAAGGAGAAAUAGAGGCACUGGAGCGUACUAAAGACGAAGAAUCUAAGAAGUUCCAGAGUCACAACAUCCAUUUUGACUUCCACAUCUUGGUACGAAUCAAGGAAUCCGUGGUGGAUGUCUCUUCAAGCUGCGUGGAGUUAGCUCUUAGGGAACGAAGAGAUGCAUCAGAAGCAGCUAAUGCAGAAUUGGGUCCAAAAAGCGAAGGCAAAAGGCAGGCAUGCGUAAAAAUGCUUUGGAAGGCUUUUCAGCUUGCAUUCCGGGUCUAUAGCUUUGCAGGUGGACAGGAUGAUCGUGCUGACAAGUUAACCAAAGAGCUGGCUCAAGAAAUAGAAACUGCUCCACACAAUGAGUAGAUGUGAACUUAACAUAUUCUCCAGCUAACAUACUCGCUACUCAUACUUUUGUUUUAUAAUUAUGAGAUCAAACCUUUUGAUCAAGUUCAAGGAGCAAUCGUACUCCAGGUACCACUUUUUUAUGAGUUCAAAACUCAGCAUAUUGUUGUGUGCCUCAGAGAUUCUAAAUAAAGGUGAAUAUAGUUGGAUAGAUACAA